CCAUGGGGAAGACCAACAGCAAGUUAGCCCCAGAGGUGCUGGAGGACCUAGUUCAGAACACCGAGUUCAGCGAGCAGGAACUGAAGCAGUGGUACAAGGGCUUUCUGAAGGACUGUCCCAGUGGCAUCCUUAACCUGGAGGAAUUCCAGCAGCUCUACAUCAAGUUCUUUCCCUACGGCGACGCCUCCAAGUUUGCGCAGCACGCUUUCCGAACCUUCGAUAAAAACGGGGAUGGUACCAUCGACUUCCGGGAGUUCAUCUGUGCCCUUUCGGUUACCUCCCGCGGCAGCUUUGAGCAGAAACUCAACUGGGCCUUUGAGAUGUAUGACUUAGACGGCGAUGGGCGCAUUACGCGCCUGGAGAUGCUGGAGAUCAUUGAGGCUAUCUACAAGAUGGUGGGUACUGUGAUCAUGAUGCGCAUGAAUCAGGAUGGGCUCACACCCCAGCAGCGUGUAGACAAGAUCUUCAAGAAGAUGGACCAGGAUAAGGAUGACCAGAUUACGCUGGAGGAGUUCAAAGAGGCGGCCAAAAGUGACCCAUCAAUCGUGCUGCUGCUGCAGUGUGACAUGCAGAAGUAG